AUGUUUUUUAUGGAGAUUUUUGAAACAUACUACAUAGAAGUUCAUCUACUUCCCAUUGCUACUCUGUACAUCAAGAUCAAACUACAUGACCAGAAUACCCUGCAGCACCACCACACGGUUCGAAGAACACAACUACUACAAACAUAUUCAUCAUUGAUGAAGUGCUGGAUUUAAAAAUUCAAAAUUCAUCGCUUCUUUGGAAAAAAAAACCAUUACAAAU